ACGGCCCGCGGGCCGCCGGCUCCCGUCGUCGUCGCCGGCGGCCGGCCGACGUUCGCGUGCGAGUGCGGCAAGGCCUUCGCGCAGGCCUCCUCGCUCAGGGAGCACCGGGCCACGCACGCCGGCGGGAGGCCGCACGCGUGCGCCGACUGCGGCCGCCGCUUCGCCUACGCCAGCGGCCUGCGCGUCCACCGGCGGACGCACACGGGGGAGCGGCCGCACGCCUGCGGCGACUGCGGCCGCCGCUUCGCCCAGAGGCCCCACCUGGAGGCCCACCGGCGGACGCACACGGGGGAGCGGCCCUACGGCUGCGAGCGCUGCGGACGGAGGUUCUCGCUGAACUGCAACCUCAAGGCCCACCUGAGGACGCACCGCGAGGACCAGGCCGCGGCGCCGGCCGACGGGGCGACGGUCGUGGUGGUGACGACGCCGGCGAUGCUGGUCGUGGUGGUGGAGCAGGGGCAGCAGCAGGAGCAGGGGCAGCAGCAGCAGGGGCAGCAGCAGGGGCAGCAGCAGGGGCAGCAGCGGCAGCAGGGGCAGCAGCAGCAGCGGCAGCAGGAGCAGCGGGAGCAGCAUGAGGAGGAGGAGGAGCGGAGGGCAGAGUUUGAGUGGGGCGUGUUGGACCUUCGGAAGAGGGAGGUGGCUGGAAGAGGCGGAGGUUGGGGUGGCGGUGAUGGCGGAGGUGGCGGUGAUGGCGGAGGUGGCGGUGGUGGUGUCAGUACGAGUGCAGUAGGAGGGGGAGGAGCCACGCGGAGCGAGCGGCCCGACCUGUCGACACGGAACCCUCGGGUCGAGAGGGCCCAGGGCCAGGACCAGGCCCAGGGCCACGACCAGGCCCAGGGCCAGGCCCACGGCGACCGGCAGGGCCGCCCGCCGCCGCGUCCCCGUCGCUUCGCGUGCGACGUCUGCGAGAAGCGCUUCGGCAGCCGGCAGGCGCUCUCCGUCCACGGGCGGACCCACACGGGCGAGCGGCCCUACGCCUGCGCGCACUGCGGCCGCCAGUUCGCCCAGGGGCAGCACCUGCGGGCCCACCUGGCCACCCACACCCGCGAGCGGCCCCACGCCUGCGGCCGCUGCGGCCGCGCCUUCGCCCUGCGCUCGAACCUGCGGGCCCACGAGGCGACGCACGACGCCGAGCGGGCCCGGCACCCCUGCGGCCGCUGCGGCCGGGCCUACGCCUCGGCGGCGACGCUGCGCGUCCACCGGCGGGCGGCCCACUCGACGGAGCGGCCGCACGCCUGCGAGGCUUGCGGCAAGGCCUUCACGCGCGCCUCCUUCCUGCGCGCGCACCUGGUGGCCCACUCGGGCCGCAGGCCUUACGCCUGCCCCGACUGCGGCAGGCGCUACUCGCAGCCGUCGGCCCUCGAGGCCCACCGCUGGACCCACGCCGUGGCGGCGGCCGCGGCCGCGGGGACGGCGCCGCCGCCGACGUUCGCCUGCGACGACUGCGGCCGCGGCUUCGCCGGGGCCUCGCUGCUGCGGGCCCACCGGCGGGCGCACGCGCGCGGCGGCGGCGGCCGCGGCGGCCGCGGACGCGGCGGCGGCCUGGCCCGAAGGCCGCUCGAGGCGGAGGGGCACCACGGCCUCCAGGCCGAGGGGCACGACGGCCUCCAGGCCGAGGGGCACGACGGCCUCCAGGCCGAGGGGCACGACGGCCUCCAGGCCGAGGGCGGAGGGCCGCUCGGCCGGGGGCCCCGCGGAGACGGGGAGGAGGAGGAGGCCACGGUCUUCUUGUCCGACGAUUCAGGCGAGUGA